GAAGAAGAAGAAGAAGAAAGGGACCAUGGCGGCAGGUGUCUGAAAGUGCCUGCUUUUCUUUUAAAAUCUGUUGUAGGUGUCCUUUCGGGCAAAAUUACAGGAUGGCCCAGUGGGGUGCCAUAUUCUCAAUAAUCGCUGCUCUAGGAGGAGCAGCGCUCUUAGCGUCAGUGCACAAGAUCGAUGAGGGACACACCGGAGUGUACUACAGGGGAGGGGCCCUCCUGACCACCACCAGCAGUCCUGGUUUCCAUCUCAUGCUUCCUUUCAUCACGACUUACAAGUCUGUUCAGACGACGAUUCAGACGGACGAGGUAAAGAAUGUACCGUGCGGCACAAGUGGAGGAGUGAUGAUUUACUUUGACCGCAUAGAAGUGGUGAACUACCUCGUCCCAUCAGCAGUGUUUGACAUCGUGAGGAACUUCACGGCAGACUAUGACAAAGCUCUGAUUUUUAACAAAGUUCACCAUGAGCUCAACCAGUUCUGCAGCGUUCACUCGCUGCAGGAGGUCUACAUCGGCCUGUUUGACCAAAUUGAUGAAAACCUGAAGUUGACACUACAAGAGGAUCUAACUGCCAUGGCUCCUGGACUCAUCAUACAGGCCGUCCGUGUCACAAAACCCAACAUCCCAGAGAGUAUCCGCAGAAACUACGAGCUCAUGGAGAGCGAGAAGACCAAGCUGCUCAUCUCUCAACAGACGCAGAAGGUUGUGGAGAAGGAGGCGGAGACCGAGAGGAUCAAAGCAGUGAUAGAGGCAGAGAAAAUGGCACAAGUGGCCGAGAUCAAGUUUGGACAGAAAGUCAUGGAGAAGGAAACGGAGAAGACGAUCUCUGAAAUCGAAGACAGAGCUUACCUAGCGCGGCAGAGAGCCAAGGCAGACGCAGAGUUUUACAUGUCGCAGAAAGCCGCUGAGGCCAACAAGCUCAAAUUAACCCCGGAGUACAUGCAGCUGAUGAAGUACAAGGCCAUCGCGUCAAACAGCAAAAUAUACUUUGGGAACGACAUUCCCAGCAUGUUCGUGGACUCUGCAGCGAACUCGAUCAAGGCCUCCGCAGCCAUGGACAUUGUCGGUGAGCAGAUGUUGGAUCUUGAUUAGCGGAAUAGUGGACCGACGAGACCACUACGGGGGGGGGGGGCGGAGGACUCUCUGUUAGAGGGAAGGAGCCGGUUCUCCCUCUGGCCCAGAGAUGCUCUGCAGACCUGGGCCCUCUUCUUCUUUUUUUUUUUCAAAAGUCUCACAAUCGACCUGAAACUCUUCAACCUGAGAGCAAAGGACUUGAGCUUCUCAUAAGGCCUCCUACACUUCUACUCUCUCCUUUUUUUUUUAUUGUAAAUUUGAUGGAAGGACCAAACAAAAUCUUCAAACAAUCAUUUCAAGGACUCUGCCAUCUUUCUGCUGAGCUCAUGUGGUUUGUCAUUCCAGAGAUCCCACUUCAUUUAGCAUCAAACAUCAUAAAUCCAUGACCACUCGCGUGUUUGUUCUCCAUCUGAGUACAUGAGUUCUCUUUGAGCAUCCAGUGAUAUUUUGAACCUGUUGAUAAAAGUUUAAAAUGUC